CAGCCGAGCGCGCUGCGUAACUCUCUCCUCCUCCUCCUCCUCGCCAAUUGUCUCCUCUCCCACCCGCGCCUCCCCUCACCUGCCCGCUCGACCCGAGCGUCUCCCCUCACCCGCCCACUCGACCCGAGCCUCUCCCCUGCGAGGUCGAACUCGCCUCGCCCCAGCCGGAGCGUGCUGGGCGCGUUGCUGCGACAGGAUGCCGGGCACGGGCUAGCAGCAGGGAGCUGGAGCAGCCGUGUGGCCACGGGGCUGGGUGCUGCAGGGGAGUUGUGGGGAGCCGGGGUCAGGGGCUGGGAGCUGAGUGACGACGACGAGACGCGGGGCGAUGCGCGGCGUGGAGGCGCGGACAGAGCAGCGAUGCGACCACGACAGCCUCCGGCACCAUCACCCACACCACCACCACCACCAGCUGCUGCUGCUGCGCCGAAGCUGCGUUGAGGCAACAUGUCAACAGCUGGCGGCUUCCUGCCCGAGAGCUGUCCCAGCCAGAACAACAACAACAGCAGCAGCAGCAGCAACCUGUCGCACCACCUCGCGCACAGCCACGACAGCGAGGGCGGCAAGUACGAGUCGGUGAGGCUGCCGCUCAGACAGAGGGCCGUCCGGGUUCGACACCGGAUCGAGGCCUGCUUCUUCUCCACCGGCUGCGCCACGCUGGGUGUCACCAUCGUGCUCAUUGGCAUCACGGUGACCAUCAUCGGCUACUGGCCCAAGUACGACCACACGGCGACCACCAAUGGCUCCUCCAUCCUGGCCGAAAGCAGCAACAACAACAGCAACAACAACAGCAGCAACAACAACAGCAGCAGCGUCAAUAGCAGCAGCAGCAGCAUCAAUAGCAGCAGCAGCAACAGCAGCAGAGGAGACGGCGGCGGUGGCGUCAACGACAACACCACGGGCUUGGAGGGGCAGACGAGAGGCAGCGAGGUCGUGGGCCUGCUGGAUCAGCAGCUGUACCUCUACGUCGUCAAGAUCCUGGGCCCGCUCACCAUGGGGAUCGGUAUCUUCGUGUUCAUCUGCGGGAUCGCGGCGCUGUACGAAAACCGGGAGAAAGACACCAAGGGCGUCACGCUGCGGGACAUCCAGCUGUCGGAGCAGAAGCCGCACGUGCAGACAAGCGUGAGCACCAGCAACCUGUCCCGAAGUUUCUCGAGCUGCUACGAGCAGGACACGAAGAGCCAGGAGCAGCCGGCGGAGAAGCCCACCCCGAACUUCUACAUGCUCUUCCCCUGGACGGCGAGCGGGAUGGACUCGUCGGAAGAUUCGGAGCGCGAGGCCGCGGCGCAGCAUCACUUCAAGUUUCUCCAAGCGCCCUUCAACACGAUGCUAUCCACGUCGCUGCUCAUCAUCUCCGAGAUGUGUCUCGGCAGCCCGUUCAAGAGCAAGCCCUCCGAGAAGCUGGAGAUAUUCCACGGCAAGUCCAGCCUCUCGUCCUCCAUCACCACCCUGUCGCUGCCCAUCAUCAAACUCAACAACUGCGUUAUCGACGACCCGGAGGAGCCGGAAGCGGGCGCCGACAAGCUGGAGGGGGCCGACCCCGAGGCGAUCUCCGUGGCAGGACCUGAAUUUCCGACCGCCCCGAGACUGCAAUGCUCCAACACGCUCUCCCUGCCGGUCGGCGAGGACCCUCUGAUCGAGAGCUACGAAGCCCGCUCGUACAUGGCGAGCCUUCACAACGACGCCGCCGCCGCCGCCGCCUUCUCCUCGGCGUGCUCCAGCAAGGCCCCGGGCACCGCGCACCUCCUGCUGCCAGCCCAGCAGGACCUGUCUCCGGACCUCGGCAGGAGGUCGCACACGGUGACCAUCACGGUGGGGCACGGCAAGAACUUCUACGGCUCGUCCAAAAACUGCGCGCACUGGACGAAGGGCGGCGGGCGCGUGGAUGCCGUGGACCGGCUGGCGGUGCCCGAGCCCAAGCCCAAGGCCCAGUACACGAACAAGGAGAAGCUGCUCAUGAUCUCCAAGUUCGCGCACAACUCCAGCUUCGACGACGACCCUUGCGAUGUGCCCGGCUCGCUGGAAAUGGACUUCUAAAGGCGGACAGAUGAGCACCGACGGUCGAUUCUCCACGACGAGACGGUCGCGCUACGUUGCCGCGGUGCAAUGGGUCAGCGCAGCGGACUUACGACCCAGAGGUCGCCGCUUCGAUUGGUCUCCUGGUGUGGCGGUUAAAGCAAAUACCCCCUGCCUCUGUGCACCCCGCAGCGUUACGCGUGGGGUCACCACGGUUGAUCGAUCGGCGAGUCACAUGCGGUGGGGUAAAGUAUGGGUAGUCCCACCUCUUCCGAGACGUCUGGCCAGCGUGGAAGAGUAGGCCAAAAUUCCCUCCAGCGGGGGCUCUUCUACUUUUCCUCGAGCAAAGGCCCUUCCGCCAGCAAUGGUGAGAGCGAGCAAUUGCAGGGCUACGCCUUUAACCUUUUGAUGAGAGAUUUUACUUGACUGAAAAAAUACAUUUAUGUACAUUAUGAAGAUAGCGUUUAUAUAUAAAUGUCUCAACUCAAGCAGUGCCAAUACUUUGUAACACAAUUUGUACGUUUCCGGUGCGUGGGGUCUGUAACUUAAAACCGGGCGCUGCAUCACAAGGGAUAUGUUUGUAACUGCCACCGUCAUAUUUUUUGUAUAUCUUGACCGCCAGUAUUUGAGAUCGCAGCACUUGAGUGGCGGUGCCAUUAGACUAAUGCACCGUUAGCGACACAUUUUGUGAUUUGGAAUUUUGUACCGCGAUUAUUGUAACAGCCGUUAUUAACGGCGCAUGUUUAGAUUUCUGUAAGUGAAGUUUUCCGUGGGAGGUUUGUACAUUUCGGUACGAUUGGACAUUUUGUUCAGCCAACUACUCCUCUUGACGAGACGACAUGGCACCAGUUGGGUUAAACAUUAACGUGAUUGACACGGGCUCCUUCCGGCCCGUAGGCUCCCGGUGCAGCUGCACCGCCUGCACACUCAAUAUCUAGGCCACUGCUAAAAGCCGUUGGGACGCAGCUGCCGAUGAAAGGCACUCACAGGGUGGCUUGCGUUUGUUUUCCCAACAGCUGAGCGAUGACCUGUGACAGUAACAUCUGCAUCCACGUGCGCAGGCGUCCGUCAUCUUACAACUGUAUUCUCUUCACGUUUUGGGUUUCUCUCCGCACCCCCCGAAUUGCCGUGUUCACUCGAGUCGGCGGACAGCGCUGCGCUGUGAGAGGGUUAACGCUAUUUGCUACGAAACGUGAACAGUAAUCGAGCAUAAUUACAUAAACUCGUGUAAUCGCAUCUCGUGGGCACUGAAUAAUUCAUGUCGCCCAAAGUGAAUGCUUUUCAUCGCCGCAUGCUUCAUUAGUUCACGUAAUAAAUGCGACCUUUACGGCGAUCUGUACGCACCCUGCGAGCCACAGUGCUUCUUCGUAAGCACCAACAGUUCUUUGUCCGGCAGCGCACCGCAAGGCCUGUUUUUUUGUUUCCAUUUUGUACGUUGUAAAUAAAAGGAAGCCCUCUCCUACCAACAUCGAUUCCCAUUCAUCGCUGAUGCGAUGCGGCAGCAGCAGCAGCAGCAGAAACUCAAACGAGUGCACCUUUAGGAGCUCGAGAGAGGCAGGGUAAAUAUGGAUUUGGUGUCGUAAACAUGGGUAGAGAAUUCGCGAGAAACGGCAUCCCACCCCUGUCCCCUACCGGAGACAUCGACCCACGUUCUCACAGUGAGCCAGCGACAUCUGCUCACCACGGCGCUUAAGAGGAACGGUGAGGGUCGUCGCGAAGCUGUGGCCCCCCCACCCCACCAACGACCCCCACCACAGCCCAAGGCUGUAUCCGGAGGAAGGGUCGGGGCCUACAGAGGAAGGGUCGGGGCGUACAAGGGCUGUCGACUUCGCUGCUGACUUCAGAAUAGAAGCACAGAACCAAAAGACGUGUGCGGCACGCGGCAGCAGCGCAGUUUUAGUGUCGCAGACGCGACCACAGGCCGACCACUCAGCCGCUGUGCUCCGCUCUGGAGCGUAAGCCACAUCGUCACAUUCACAGAUUUUCAACCCAGGCGAGCGCGUGAACGGAGGAGGCUGUCGAACACGGGAGCGGGCUACCCGGCGUGUUUUUCAGCUCUCGCCACGUGCCGUUUCGGCGACGACAUCUGACGUUUUAGCAUCCACGUGCUUCCCGGGACUCGGGAGAAAAACGUCGGACUUUGUGUCGAAACAACGCGACACAUAAACCAGAUCGGAGAGCUGCGCUACCGGCACGGCGCAACCGAGAAAACCUUCGCAGAGAGGGGGGCGGUUGGAGGGAGAUAGUUCAACCUCCGUCUAGAGCAGCUCCUCCCAAUGCCACCAUUCAGGCGCCUCCACUCAACGACCCUCCAGCUGUCUGUCAUCACUGCACUGGCACAGGACCCAUUCCUCAUUGCUGAGUUCACGCGUUUCUCCGCUUGCUGGGUUUUUUUUCCUCCUCUCGUGGAAACAUCUGGUAAUCGCUAGCAGCUGCGCCGACCGCCAGGGGCUGAGAAACUCUAACGACACCUCCCGCUCAAACUGCAUCGAUGCUGACAGCUCCCACCAACGCAGUAGUCUGGCGCUGAAAUGCCGCAAUUUAUAUGUCGCGUGGCAAUGCAAAGGGUUUGGCCUCGACCACCAGCGAACGGAAUGUUAUUGACGCACACACACCACACAUGGACGAGACCAACGCAAUGCCCCGUUUGCAAGAAUAAUGAAUACAGAUGCAGACCACUUGUGCUGUGGUUUCAUUAGUGGAAGCUAACAGCAGAGCGGUUAACAUCCAUCGUCGUCGUCGUCAACACGGUCACUCCACUGCUGGAUGAAGACCUCCCUAAGCCGCAGCCGCCACCGCCAUCUCUCGCAAUCCUGCUGCGAUGUAAUAAUCCACCUAGCACCUGCGCACGAACCGAUUUCACCGCUCCGUCUCCCAGGGGUUGGUGUUGCUUCCGUCCGUAUCCCAUCCCUGAGCUGCCACUCUGUCGUGCGACCUGACCACCACGAGCCCUGCCCAAGCCCUCUCAGCCUUGAUCCUGACCCUUCGGAUGCCGCCGUUAACCCGCCUGCGUUCUCUCAUCCCGUCUCUCGAUGUGCACAUUCCAAGCAUGCACCUUCUCGACGCUUCGUUGCGCGCUAUUCAGAUUCUCUUCCAUUUUUAAUUGUGUAUGACCCAAGUUUAGUGAACCAUGUCACAGCAGGUAGUGCGUUUGCUUCCACGCAUUCAAACACACUGCAGGUGGUCUGCAUGCGCAUUCGCACCCGCAAGCAGUGUUGGGGGGGGGUGUUUUUCUCUAGUAAAGUGUGUGUGUGUUAUUGUAUCUGCUCAGAUUGUGCAGAUACAAUGAACGAACGCAGUGCCGUGUGGGCUAGAACCCAGCGAGUUUGCACAGUGGGGAGCACAGGUGGUGCAACUGUCAGUCAUCUCAGUCAGUCAA